UUUCCUCUCUCAAACCCAAUCUUACCUUCUCCUGGAAGAGACCGCAACGAAGCCGUUUGUUUCGGCAUCGUUCUUUUUUUCCCACCCCUCCUCCUCCUCCCGUUCUUCCUGCAUCCCUCCCGUUAUUGUCGGUCUCCCGGUUUUCAGAGACCGGUCGUGAUUUUGUGGAAAUAAUUUUUUUGUAUAUUUUUCCCUGCUGGGUGUUGGUAGCGCGCAAUUGGUGCGCGCUUCUAAAAAUUCCGGCGAAUGGUGGAUUUGGCAAACAUGGAGACGGUGGAGAAGGAAUGCGGGGCCCUCGGUGGUCUGUUCCAGGCGAUUGUCAACGACAUGAAGUGCUCCUAUCCUGUGUGGGAGGACUUCAGCGCCAAGGCCACCAAGCUGCAUUCCCAACUCCGAACCACUGUGUUGGCUGCCGUGGCCUUCCUUGAUGCCUUUCAGAAGGUGGCAGACAUGGCUACCAACACCAGAGGGGCAACCAGAGAUAUCGGAUCAGCUCUGACCAGGAUGUGCAUGAGGCAUCGCAGCAUUGAGGCGAAACUUCGUCAGUUCACCAAUGCUUUGAUGGAGAGUCUUAUCACUCCUCUUCAGGACAAGAUUGAGGACUGGAAGAAGACAGCCAACCAGCUGGAUAAGGAUCACGCCAAAGAGUACAAGAGGUCACGUCACGAGAUCAAGAAGAAAUCAUCUGACACCAUGAAACUGCAGAAGAAGGCUCGUAAAGAGAUGCAGGGGCGAGGGGACCUGCAGCCACAGCUCGACAGUGCCAUGCAGGAUGUGACCGACAUGUGCCUGCUGAUGGAGGAGACUGAGAAGCAGGCGGUGCGCCGUGCCCUGGUGGAGGAGAGGGGUCGCUUCUGCACCUUCAUUGGUUUCCUUCAGCCAGUUGUGAAUGGAGAGAUUGCUAUGCUGGGCGAGAUCACCCAUCUCCAGGCCAUCAUCGAUGACCUCACUGUGCUGACAACUGAUCCGCACAAACUGCCCCCUGCCAGUGAACAGGUGAUUAAAGAUCUAAAGGGGUCCGAUUACAGCUGGUCCUAUCAGACCCCUCCGUCAUCCCCAAGCAGCUCUGGCUCACGCAAGAGCAGCAUGUGCAGCAGUGUAAACAGCACCCACAGUAGUGCCUCCCGUUCGUCAGGGGGAGGUGGUAGUGGUGGUGUUGGUGGCGGAGGCUCCUUGCCCCACUCGCCCACCUCAUCAUCCUCCUCCUCCUGUCGCUACCGCAGCAGCCUGCCGCACCAGCCUCCACCACCGGGGGGCAUUGCUGCCCACCGCCUCAGCAGUGUCUCCUCACAUGAUUCGGGCUUCGUGUCCCAGGAUGCCAACAUCUACUCCAAGCCACCCUCACCUAUGCCCUCAGACAUCACUAGUCAGAAAUCAUCCAGCUCAGCAUCAUCAGAGGCCUCAGAAACAUGCCAGUCAGUCAGUGAAUGCAGCUCCCCCACCACUGUAAGUAUUCUUAUUCAUAAUAUAUAACAUGGACAGUCUGAAACGCAGCAUAAAAAAAAUUAAAGCAAUAAAAGUGUGGUCCUAAAAAGUUAACAAAUAAAGGUCAGUGUGUGUACAAGUAGUCCUUAUGAGCCAAAAGCUCAGGCUUCAGACUUUCCUAACACUCUGUUUCUGAGAGCUUCCUCCUCUGUAUCAUGUCAGAGCGAGAGGAUAUCACUAAUAUGCACAGCUGUCAUUGUAAACACAGACGACCCAUCCUUGUGUGAAAAUUAGCUUUAAGCAGUGGCUCCCAAACCUUCUCUGGCAUGCUCCAAUUAAAGAGCCGAAAAAAUGAAUAAAAAAUUAGAUGAUUUUUAUAGUGUCAACAGACUCUUGUUUGU